AUGACUCGUACUUUGAUUUUCAAAAGAAAUUAGGCUCUUUAAAGCUUUUUAUGAGUUUUUAUUUUCAGAAGAUUCCGAAGGAUACUUCUCUUCCAACUCCUCAACGUCUUCUUUGGCCGAAUCUGGAAAUUCAAAACGCCCGGCGAUGUCUCAGGUUUGUAAAUAUUCCAUCAACUUGGACAUUUUUUUUCUCAGACUCCUGUGAGAGGAAGCAGAAUAACAACGAUUCCAAAGGAAAUUUCUCAAUUGGUAGCUUUUUUUCUGUUUAUACUUUUCAAUUUCUGGUUCCAGAAAUUCGAAGACGUGUUUCAUUCGAUAGAGCUGCAAAGGAAGUUUCAUGACUUCCUGAAUAGCCAAUUUUGCGAAGAGAGCUUGGAUUUCUACUUGGCGGCGCACAAACUGCAGUGCAACACGAUUUCCGACGGGGUGAGUUUUUUUUUGAUUUCAACUAAUAAUCCACUAAAUUAAUUGUCAGGAAAGAACUUGAAGACUUUUUAAUUAAAAUAAGAUCAUGCUAUUUUUACUUUUAAUUUUCUCAAAAAUUGAUCAGAAAGCUUCUUGAUGGUUGAAAAAUCCUGGGAAAAUCGAUCAUCAAACCAUAACUUUUCACAUUAGCGUGAAAAAACUAUGUUCCUGAGAGUAGCUCAUCUUAUUGAUACUGAUGAUUUUCUUGCCAGCUGAGAUUAUUUUAUUUCUAUAACCAGUAAUUUUGUAGAUAAACUUUCAAUAGACCUAAAGGGUAAAUUAAAGAAUGCUCGAGUUUAAUUUGGGGAAACUCCAACCGAAAAUUGAAGACCUUUCUUUAGCUGUUUUUGAAAUUACAGCAAGGAUCGUCAAUUGAGUUUACUAAUAGAGUCUUCUGAAAUAAGGAACUAGAAAAGUUUAACAUUUUGAGCACAAUCUGUUUUCUUUUUUUACCAUCAUAAUAGGUUUAUUGAAUCAUUUGAAAAAUCGAUAAUUACUGUAUUUAAAGAAAAGAAUGCAAUUUUACGUUUUUCAGGCCGUGAAAACUGAUCAGUGAAAUUUACGAAAGUAUUUGGCUGAAGGAUGUCAGAACCAGUGAAUCUUGACGACGCUACUCACUCAAAAUUGUUGAGGUAUUCGAAGGAAAAAUGGAUGAGAAAACUUUUGAAGCCGCUCAAAAUCAGGUAUGUUCAGCCUUAUUUUAAUGAACACUUGUUUUACUUCUGAUUCGUCAUAUGCUCAAGUAUGACUGCUGGCCGCGUUUCGUCAGGUUUCAUCGGAAAGUGAAACAAAAAGGACAGCUUUUCUAAGAACCUUUUUCUUUUUCCAGUUUGGCGUCGAAAUUCAUUAUAGAUAAAGCAUAAUAUUUCUCUGACGGUCAUUUCAGUUUUAUCCAUUUCAGAUUCUUCCCUCUUUCAUCGACAAAAUUACUCGAACCCGUCUUUAUAUUCGAUCCUACUCAGCCGAAGGUAUUUUUUAAUUUUUAUAGAGUUAUUAAAAACUUGAAAAUUGAAAUCCAUCGUUUCAGAGAAACGUUCCUCACGAGCUCAAACGUUUCGACAAAGCUCGUUCCGGUGGCAGACUUUGUUUUCCGGCGAAGAAACCCAACCAUCAACUGAUUUAUUUGAUUGAUGUGAUGUGAUAUUCCUUUUCUAUUUAUAUCGUACAGAAUGAUUUAUAAUUAAAAAAAACUGAAUGACGAGUGUGUUCUAAUGUUCAUGAUGCUUAAAACUAGAAAAAAGGUAAAAGAAUCAGAAACUUUCAGAAAGCCCGAAACAAAUAGUUUUGAAAGGGCCUUUUUCCACUUUAUUGUCGACCAUUUUAUUUGUUGGAAGUUCACAGGAAGAUUUUUUCUUAGAUGAACUGGAUUUUUGUUUUCCCGUUGAUUAGAAAGUAAGCCGCUUCAGUGCGCUCUGGCAAAACUCGCUUUUACUCAGCCUAACCAAAAUCUCAGAGUUCUGCAGAGGCUUCGGCCGCGAAGUUGAUGACGCAUCGCCUGGUCGUGUUCCAUGUUUUGUUCCACACAGGGGAUCUGAUUAGCUGCUACAAUGAAACCAUUCACUUAUUGGUUGCUUCAUUCGACUAUCUUAUCGUUUUCACUUUGAAGGAGCGCUGA